AUGAGAGGUGGAUCUUGGAGAAUAUCUGGAAAAAUUCCAAACCCACUUCAUACAUUUCAAGCAUCUAAGCUUUCAUAUGAAAACAAGAAACUUCAUAAAAUCCCAGAAAUUCCAAAUGAUGAUUUCACGAUGCUUGUACUAGCAAGUAAUCCUCUCAAAACUUUUAAUGGACUCAAUUCAUAUGAAAAUUUACACGAGUUAAGUGUAAAUAAAACUAAGAUUGAGACAUUUGAGGGAGCUGUAGAGAUACCUCAUCUGCAAAAGUUCACAUGCUAUCAAGCCCCUCUUGAAAAGAUCAAUUACUUACGCAUCAUGGCAAUAAUUGCUUUUGGAAAAUCUUUGAUUGUCGUUAACAAUGUCCCAAUUCCAGAAAAAGAGAGGCAAUUUGCUGACCAGUAUGCAGAUACUAUCAGGACAUACAUUCAGUCUGGAUUUGUUAUCACAUCAAUGAACCCUCUCCGUAUCCAUAAUCCAAAGACUAAAGAAAGGAAGACAUUCUACAAGGAGAAGGGAGCAGAGAACGAAUCAUUUAGCCCAGACAGAAUUGCUCUUCAAGUCCCAUUAAAGAAAUUCUCAUUUGGUUCUCCAAAAGCAUUUUCUGCCAGAGGAAAAUCUACAAGAACAUCAGAUACUACCGAUCCCGCAUCGGAUUUGGGAUCACCAGGCAUAACCAAAGCUGAAUCUGCUUCUCAAGUUAAGCUUGAUAACUCAGAAUACAUCAAAAAAGCUCAAGUCCAAUUUGAGAAGGAGAGCCUUGAGAAGAAGCCAAGGAAAUCAUCCGGAGCCGAAGAAGGCGACGUAAAGACAAGAGAUCUUCCAUUCAGCACCGAAAUUACAUCAUUGACCGAAGAUAAAGAAAUCUUAGUUGUCACUGAUGACGAAGACAAAAAGGAUACUGAAGAUCACUCAGGAAGUGCACCAUCUUCAGGCAGAAAGAGGAGAGGUUCGAUUAAUCUUGUUACAGCUCCUGUUCUCAAGUUAGACAGCGAUGAUGAUGACGAUGAUCCACAUAUGGUCAGACGCAGACUCGGUUUACCAGAAGACCACAACAAUAACAAAGAAAAUAAUAAUUCAACCGACAAACAAGCUCAACGCAAGUCAUCUAUUGCUCCACAAACUACAGUUAAUACUUCCGCUAAGGAAGAAGAGGAUGAGUACGAGUAUUACUACGAAGAAGACCUCAACGAAAUUUUGACACAAACAGCUUACAGCGAAGCAAUGAACAUUGUUCCUCCAAUCAGAAAGGUUACCAAAGCAGGAAGUAAGGAAGAAGGAAUUCGCCUUGAAAAAGAUCUCGAAAUCAGUACUUCUUUGGAUUCUCUCAUUCCUCCACACAGAGUUACUAAAGAUAAUAGCGACGAAGAAAGCCGCGAAUUGGUCAACUCGUUCCUUGUUACUUCAAACGUAAACGAAGAAGAUGAUCAAAGAAUUAAAGUCGAAAACGAGGAAAGCAAAGAAGAAACAACUCCAAAGGAAGAUUCCAAGCUUGCCAAUGAAGAAAUUGAGAAGCCAAAGGAAGAAAUUCCAAAGGUUGAAGAGGAAGAAGAAAAAGUGGAAGAAAAGAAGGAAGUCGAAGAAGAAAAGACGAAAUCUAUAGAUAUUAAUAGCACAGAAGCUAGAAAAUCGUUAGAACUCUGUAUUCAUAUUCCAAAACUUAUCGGUGAAGCCACUGUUGAAGAAACUCCGAAGAAGGAUGAACUCGAACCAGUCCCAGAAGAAGAUGAGGACGAAGAAGGCCUCCCAAUUAUUGAUGAUGCUUCUGAUGAAGAUAAUAACAUUUUAAUGGACGAGGAACCAGAACCAGUAAAGAAACCAGAACCAACUCCAGAACCAGCACCAGAGCCAGCCAAAGAAGAGGAAAUGGCUCCAGAAAAAGAAGAAGAAAAGAUUGUUGAAGAAAAGCCUAAAGAAGAAGAGAAACCAGCAGAAAAGGGUGCUAAAGAAGGCGAUAAGGAUGAUGAUUUCGAUCUAAACGGCGGAAAGAAAAUUGAUAUUUUCAAAGUUGAAAGACCAGAGCGCAAGAAAGCUGAUUUUAAGCUUCCUGAGUGGAAGAGAGAAAAGAUUCACUUCGAGAAAACGCCAGAAAUAGAUUCUGACGCUUUAUUGUUUUUCUGA